AUAUUUUUUAUUAUUUACAGAGAAGAUGAGAAGCGGAUACCACAGAAUAGAGUUGAAUAAAACGGUUUGGGAGGUUCCGGAGAAUUAUAUUAAUCUGUCUCCUGUAGGCUCUGGUGCUUAUGGGCAGGUUUGCUCUGCUGUGGAUUCCUCUAGUGUCGCGAUUAAGAAAAUAGCUCGUCCCUUCCAGUCCGCGGUUCAUGCUAAACGCACUUACAGAGAACUCAGGAUGUUAAAACAUAUGAUUCAUGAAAAUAUAAUUGGAUUGUUGGAUUGCUUUACUCCAGUUACAAGUAUUGAUCAGUUCUGUGACGUGUACAUGGUUACUCACCUGAUGGGUGCAGAUCUAAACAAUAUUAUUAAAACCCAGAAGCUGUCUGAUGAUCAUGUACAGUUCCUCGUCUAUCAAAUUAUACGCGGCAUGAAGUAUGUACACUCAGCUGGUAUUAUUCAUAGAGAUCUGAAACCGUCUAAUAUCGCUGUAAAUGAGGACUGUGAGCUGAAAAUCCUGGAUUUUGGUUUGGCUCGUCCUACUGAGACUGAAAUGACUGGAUAUGUUGCCACCAGAUGGUAUAGGGCUCCGGAGAUAAUGUUAAACUGGAUGCACUACAAUCAAACAGUUGAUGUUUGGUCUGUGGGCUGCAUCAUGGCUGAAAUGCUUACGGGGAAAACACCCUUUCCAGGAACCGAUCAUAUUGAUCAGCUGACCCGUAUAAUGAUGUUGGUUGGGAAGCCCGAUGAAAAGCUUCUACUGAAACUAGGCUCGGAGGAGGCGAGAAAUUAUAUUCGUUCCCUUCCAAAAAUGGAGAAGAAAAAUUUUCAAGACGUUUUUAAAGGAGCCAGUCCCUUAGAAUACUUAGCACAGUAUGCUGACCCUACUGAUGAACCAGCAUCUCAACCUUACGAUCAAUCAUUUGAAGAUUUUGAACUAUCUGUUGAAGAAUGGAAAGAAAAUGUGUGGAAAGAGUUGAAUUCCUUCCAGCGAAGAACUGGAGCGGAAACAGCACCUAUGUCAGCUUGACAGCAAGAGGAGGAAAUGGAAUCGUAAUUCAGGGCGACCUCCUUUCCUUUGACCUCACUGGCCUCCUUUGACCUUCAUUGACCUCCCUUGACUUUCCUUUGCUUUCCUUGGCUUUCUUUGAUCAUACUUGACCUUCUUUGACUUUCCUUGACCACCUUUAACCUUCAUUGGCUUCUAACUCCUUUGACCUCCUAUGAUCUUCCUUGUUCUUUCUUGACCUCCUUAACUUCCCCUGACAUCCAUUGGUCCCCGCUAAGCUUUUCCAUGGUUUAAAAAAAAUCUUCAGUUUCCCUAAAAUGAAAUUAAGUACUAUGAAGGACCAAAAUGGUACUCAAGCCAUAAUAACGAACAAAAAAUACGUUUUUUAAUUAUUAUACACUUAUAUGUUCAAUUUACAAAGCUGCUAGGAUGUAUUCUUUAAAUUGAGUAGCACUAAUUAAAGAUAAUUUAUGUUAUCCAUCAAUCAAUCAAUCGGCUUAUAUCAGAAAUAUUAUUGAUUACUAACAAAUUAAUCAGAAGAACUUUUUAUAGAAUUAUCUGUUAAUUAUUUUACUGCAGUAAAUAACAAAAACUUUUUAUUUCGUUAAAAACUACUCGACCACUAGAUUGCACAAGUUGUUAAAACAAAAACUAGCUUUAUACAAUCCUACAGUUUUCAUUACAACGUCAAGUUUAUUUUUACAGGUUAAUGAUUUUUAUUUAAAUUGACUUAUUGACUAAUUUUAAGCUAAUAUGUAUAAAUAUUUACAAUUUGUUAAUUUUAUUAAAUGUAUGUGUCUCUAAAAUAGUUGUAAAAAAUGGGGAAUUUUAUUAUUACAUACUCCUCAACCCCCCCCCCCUGGAAAAAGUACGUGUUUACGCCUGAAAUGAAAAUGCUUGAGCAGUUGACCAACAUAGAUGCCUUUCACAAAUUUAAAUGUUGAUAAAGUUAGAGACUAACCAGUCCAACCCAGAGAUAUAUUGUGUUUUAAUCUCACAAUUCUAAAAAUAAUAAAUAUAGAUGUGUAUAUAUAUUGUAUACAGUACAUGUAUUUUAUUAUUGAUUUAACUGUAGAGUUUUGUGUGGAUAUUGGACAAAUAUAUUAAAUUAUAACAAA